GUCGUGAGCUUUCACUUUACACACCUCUCAUUCUGAAAACAUUAAUUGUCUUGUUGACGACUAAAUAAAUUUCAUCAACUUAGAUGUGUAAAGUUUUAUAAAGUGUUGGUUUAAAGACGUUCUGGCCAAACAUGGAUUAGUUUGUGAAAUGAAAUAGACUUGAAUAACACUAAUUUGCAAUAAUGUCACCUGUGGGACUUAUUUGUUUCUUCAUUUUCUACUUUUUGGUAGAGGUAUCAAGUCAGUUCUAUUACCCCUACGGUAAUGGCUGUCCUCCGUUUAUGUGCCCAUUACAGUGCAAAAAUGGGUACGUCCUAGAUAGUCAUGGAUGUAAAAUAUGUCGGUGUUCAACAACAGGGGAUGCUGCAAUGAGUAACGGUCCAAUGAAUCCGGGUGGUGACCCAUUUCACCAAGGCGGAGUUCCGAUGUCAAUGGGCGGAGUUAUAAACAAUAGUCCCUCCUCGUCUACGUACAAUAAACCAUGCGUUAAUGGCACCACGUGUGAUCUGAAAUGUGAAAACGGAUUUUAUAAUGGACCGAAUGGAUGUCAGUUUUGCCUCUGUGCAGCAUCUCAAACAUCAAAUCAACUGUCUGAAAGCUACAACAAUCCGUGCCCUGAUGCGGCCGCCACUUGUGAUAUGGUGUGCAUGGACGGAUAUCAAACUGAAAGUUCUGGCUGUCAACAUUGCAGAUGUGCAGUUGCACACAACUCAGAAGCGACAUCGCCUGCACCACCCGUCACAACAACACUUUCUGAAGGAGAAUGCAUGCAGAGGAUCACAGAAUGUCAACUGAAAUAUCCCUUUGGAUUCAUGACAGAUGACUCUUGUACGAUGUGCAUAAGCAAAGAUGACAUAUACCCGCCAAUAAUAACGGAAGAGCAUCAACCCAUGAUUCGGCUGAGCAAUCCUUGCAUCCAAGGCUUUGAUGUUUGCAGAAUAUUCUGUGCAACCGGAUAUCGUAGAGGGCCAAGAUCAUGCCAAUAUUGUGCAUGUAAUGGAUAAAUAAAACAUUUUCCAAUUUAAUGGAUAGAUAAAACGUUUACCAAUGUAAUGGAUAUUUAGAACGUGUUUUAAUGGAUAAAUAAAACGUUUCUUAAUGCAAUGGAUAUAUAAAACAUUUCUCAAUGUAACUUGUAAAUAUAACUUUUUUCAAAGGAUAAAUAAAACAUUUUGUAUCAUAAUAUGCUAACUUAUUAAGCAGAUACAGCCGUUGGGAAAGACGUAAUGUUUUCCUAAAAAUCAUAAAAGAAUAUUCAGUGAAAUCAAUAAAAAGUUAAAAACAUAAUCCAUGUGAAUGAUGUUUAGGGCUUAUUUAUUUGUU